ACUGUGUGUUUGCUGGGUUGCUGGGUUUAGGUGUUUGGAAUUGGUGGCUUCUCUUCUAGUCUCUUCCCGGCAGCAAUAGCAGGGUAAUCUCUCUUUGACAUAUACAUCUGUCAGCUUGCUAUGGCAACUGCGGAACCUGCCCCGCUUUUGGAUAUCUUAGUUCGAGGACCCGAAGGAUUCUCACUCUGGAAUGGGCCCCCGUUUAGCAAUGGGCAACCCGGUGUCAAGCUUGAAAAUGUUUCUUGCACAAGUACCAAAUUCAGUGAAGAUGGAUCGACUCUCAUGGUGAUAAAAUCUGAUUCAGUGAUUAGCAUUUAUGACUGUACCAGCUGCAGGGAGAUCAGAUCUUUCCAAAUCCCAAAUGUUCUUGCAGCUGCCUUGUCCCCACGUGGAACUUAUCUUCAAACGUUCCAAAAAUUCUCAACCCCGCAGGACAAGAAUGUCACCUUAUGGAGGACGGACACUGGUGAUUCCGUUUAUCAUCAACACCAAAAGAACAUGACAAAAGCUACAUGGCCCUCAAUUAAAUUCAGCUCUGAUGAAGCAGUUGCUUGUCGACUGGCGACAAAUGAGAUACAAUUUUUUGAUGUUGGGGAUUUCUCUAAAGCAUUUAUAAAUCGGCUAAGAGUUCCUGGAGUGGCUGCUCUUGAGCUUUCUAAGGCACCCGGCUCCCAUGUGGCAGCUUUUGUUCCAGAAUCCAAGGGGAUUCCUGCCAGUAUCCAGAUAUUUGCUUGUGGAAAAGAUCCACAGAGUCAACCUGUUGCUCGACGGAGUUUCUUCCGAUGUUCAACAGUACAACUGAACUGGAACAAUGGCUCAACUGGGCUUUUAGUUUUGGUGCAGUCAGAUGUUGAUAAAACCAAUCAGAGUUACUAUGGGGAAUCAAAGCUCAAUUACUUAACAACAGAUGGGAGCCAUGAAGGACUUGUACCUCUUCGUAAAGAAGGGCCUGUUCAUGAUGUUCAGUGGUCACAUUCUGGAUCAGAAUUUGCUGUAGUUUAUGGCUUCAUGCCUGCAAAAGCUACCGUGUUUGACAAGAAGUGCAAUCCUCUUCUUGAGCUUGGAACAGGCCCAUACAAUACUAUCCGAUGGAAUCCAAAGGGAAAAUUUCUAUGUUUGGCAGGCUUUGGUAACUUACCCGGUGAUAUGGCAUUUUGGGACUAUAUAGAGAAAAAACAGCUUGGGACAACUAGAGCUGAACUGUCUGUGACAAGCGAAUGGUCUCCAGAUGGACAUUAUUUCAUGACUGCAACAACAGCUCCCAGACUACAAGUUGACAAUGGGAUUAAGAUUUUCCACUACAACGGAUCAUUAUUCUUCAAGAAGAUGUUUGACAAGUUGUACCAGGCUGAUUGGAAACCAGAGUCACCAGACAGAUUCGGUGACAUUGCCGAACUUGUCAAGUCCAUUGAGUCAUUAAAAGUUGUAGAAACGAAACCUCAAGGAGAAAGGUCAAAAAAUUCUCAAACUUCUGUAAAAGCUAGCACUAGCAACCCUCCUGCACAAAAGCCGGCUGCAUAUCGGCCCCCACAUGCUAAGGCUGCUGCUGCUGUUCAGGCUCAGCUGUUUGGAGAGAGCCCUACGGAGACGUUGAGCAAGAAUGCAUUGCGAAACAAGAAGAAAAGGGAGAAGAAAAAGGCUGGUGAGGCUACCAGUGGCGCUUGAUUAAGCGCAGGAUAUCUGACCGAGCGGUCCCCAUGAAGCGUCCAACAGGAUCAGUUUACAUAGAACUGGGGACAGGCUUGAGGGGUGGAUUUUACAGUUACCGUCCUUACUCAGUUCUGAGUGCGGAUUUGUUCCUUAAGAGGGAUUCUUCGUUUGUUGCCCACAAAAUUUCCGAGUUCGUCAUAGAACAUCUGCAAGUAUGAGCAUAUGUGCUCAUAUCAUGUUUUUUUGCUCAAAAUAUAGGAAAGAAAGGUAAUUUUUAUGUCUGUUUUACCAAGUUUGUAACAUUAUGUUUCGCCACCUCCCAAGUAGAAUUCAACUUACCAUUUCGGGUCCGUCUUCAAUGCUACGUAGCACUUUAGUGU